ACUAAUACCACUACACUACACGAAACCACUACAAAAACAACUACCAAAAAAAAGUGAUCAAAAAGUCCAGCAAGAAAAGAAAAGAAAUCGACAACCCUUAAGAAUUUGAUUAAAAACUUUUCGGUGAAAACUGCGUUCCAAAUUCGAAAAUAAUAGUGUAAUUAAUUUUUUUGCACAAGCUUAAUUACUUUUUUUUUUAAUAAGUUUGUUUAUAAUUGACUGAAAAAAAGGUUUUUUUUUUUUAAUAUUUGGACAGUGAGUGUGAAGGAAAGUGCGCGGAGCAUGCGCUGAGCAUUUUCACUUUCUACGUGACGUUUGCCGGGACCUAGCGAUGGCUUCCGUAAGCCCAAUACGGAUAUGUGCCAUGCUUUGGCUGUUUUGCGCAGCCAUCAACGCAGACUCCAGUGAAAACACCACCACCACCACAAAAACGAUCCGCACCACCAUCCUCCCAUCGCGGACAACGCGGACUGAGCUGAAGGUCUCCAGAAGUCUGAACCCGCACGAGACUCAGACCUUGAAUGUGAGGACCAAGUCCGGUCACUUAACACAACUAAUAGUCAAGAAGAAAGAUGCCAAAUCGACAACGCUCAUUAGCAGCACCACCCCAGCACCGACGACGAUAGCAGUCAAAACGACGUCGACGACGACUAGUGACAACAACUCAGAAGAUAAUAAAAAUAGGACAGAGAGCAGAGACCAAAGGAAACUUAAUUUUGGUCCAGUCAGCAGCGAGCUAGCCGGCUUCGACUAUUACCUAAACAGAAACAAACACGAUGACUUCGCUGACAUAAAAGCGGAAUACGGCAACUGGUCCCCCGUAUCCGUUUACCCCGAAUCUCAUAUCCAAGAGGAUGGUGGAAAACCAGAGGCAGAUCCCGAAACCUCCAAUUAUUAUCCCACAUACGAUAAUGAUAAGAAGACAGAAAAUAAGAAAGUGUACAUAACUUCGACAAGUUUUGUGGAUUACAACCGACCCGCUAAAAGCUUUAGAUUCGAUCCUAAUAAUCCCGUCAUAAAGAAUGAUCGCAAUCCAGUGUAUAUAGAAGUUGUAAGCACUAAAGUAUCCGAUGGUGAGAGUCGAUCUGCGAAUGUACCUGAGCCGGUCAUGGUGAGUUCUGACCCCAUGUAUAUAAAGAAAGCGAUUGACAAAUACAAUAAUAAACGUGGACGAUCAAUAUUAACUCUAGGUGGUGAUGACAUUCCCGAAAUACAGGGUGUAAGAGUGCCUGACGAUGAAACUGAUAGGAAAACGUGGAGGAACGCAAGAGUUGUGAAUGGUGAAUUACAGCCUUACCCGGAAGGAUAUACUCCACCUAAGGCUGUACCAGAAGCAGACGUUUAUCCAGAUCUAACUGCCGCAGAUCCAUCUCAAAAUUUAGGACCUUUCACCAAAGAAGAUAACUUUGAACCAAAAGAUGGUCCAUUCACAAAGUUCGACAACAUAAAAUUCGAAACCGAUGACUUUAUUCCCACCACUUACACCUAUAAACCUAAAAAAGAUAAUCAUUUUGUUAAAACCGGGUACGGUCCAUUUACUAAAGCUGACAACUCUAAAGUGGCUAAUUCCAAACUGAUAGAGUACAUCAAGCAAAUUAAUGAGCAAGAAUCGAAACGCGAUUACUUCAGUGGACGUAGUUCUCGGGCACACACCGGUGAUCUAGAUUACUCUGAAAGUCAUAUCCAAAGACGUAUGCUACAGCAUCCUGGAGAAGUUAGUUUUCCUAACUCCGUAAUGUACACACCAAAAAAUGCCCAGCCAAGUUUUGACGAAAGUGUGAGAAACCCUGUCCUUCAGUAUGCACACCCAGAACUUGGAGUUCAACCCGCAAAAGCUACCAGAGAUUAUAUUGAUAAUUAUGAAAAGGAACGUAGAGUGAAGUAUUACACGAGUGGCCCGAAAAGCGCUCAUCCGUACCCAAUGGAGCCUAUCAACGGCUACAAUCAACAACGUAGUCAAAACAGUGGGCAAAACGCAAAUAGAUAUUACGAAGACGAAUAUAAUAAAUUCUCUUACUAUGACAACUCCCAUAGCAAAUACCCGUACGGUUAUGGUUACGGUUACAUCAAACGUGCUCCUGAACCUACUCUGUGGCAAAAAUUCACUGAUUCAAUGAAAGACACGAUUAACACAGCGAGUCAAACUGUUCAUCAACUAACCAGACCUUUGAUUGAUCCUAUUGCUAGAGUAACACAACCCGUAAUUGAUCCACUAGUGGAAGCAACUCAGAAAAUAUCACAUAAUUUGGGACUUUAUUCACCUAACGCUAUAACUCAGAGAUAUGCUCAAGAUAAGAUCGGUGUAGCGGCGGCUGCUUCCGGAGCACCCGCCAUGCUUCCUGCCAUUGGACUUAUGGCUGGAGGGGCAGCUUUAGGACUAGGAGCGGUCGCUGUCGGAAAAUUUUUAGAUGUUAACCUCAUGCGAAGUGGUAGAGCAGAAGACUCGGCUGACGAAUUAGAGAAAGAACACAAAAGAGCGUUUGAAAACGCACCGUACGAUAUCGAUAGGAAAAUUCUAAGCAGACAAAAAUACUACGAUGAUAACUACAAAAUGCCCAGCGAGAAUGUGUAUGUCGUUAUGUCACCUGAUACUGAAACUGGGCGCUCUAAGAGACAUGCUGUAAGCUUCUAUGAACCAUAUCAAAACAUAUUCGUGAGACAACGGAGAAAUGUCAAGCGGUCUAUAGAUGAACUAGCUGAUGAUUUACAGCAUCUGGAUGGCAGUCCAGGGGCUCCGAGCCUGACUGCGACAGCUAUGGAUCUGGUGAAACAGACAGACUGGAGGGACUCUCAGUGUGCCAAGUUUACGUUCUGUAAAGUGUUAACAUCUCAAACAUCGGAUUCCCUGUUCGCGAUGGAGAAGAAAAUGGCGUCGCUUCUUAAAAUGAUAUCGCGAGGCAACAGCGCCAGCGCGGCGGCCGUGGCGCACCAGCUCGGUGACGUCAUGGCGGCCAGCAGGGACCACGACUGCCGGCGCUUCCAGUGCGACAACCCUCGGUAGACCAUCGACUUCACGACUUUAGCGUAAAACUGUGAUCUACGCUUAGAGUAAGGCCUUAGUGAGGCGUGUUCUUUGCGGGGCAUGCAGCGAACGGUCACCCCAGUUAUAUUUUCUAGAGCGAUGAGCGAUUCUUGCAAAACAAACAACGAUCAACCGGAAAAUCGAUUGUCUUCACAAAAACAUUCGAAUAAAAUUCUAUAAUAGAUUGUUCAAUCGUUCGAUUAUAUGAUUAAUUCGAUUAUUUUUCAAACUCUAUUAGUUACGAAUGCAGAGCGCAUCAUCUGGAACGAAUAAAUCAAAAAUCUAAAUCAAUUGCGCCAUUGAAUCGGACUUUCGAUUCAUUCCUCCCAGGCCUGCACACUAAGUAACAAUUGAACAAAUGAAAUCAAAUAAUUAUUUUUCGAUUGUUCAAUUUUUAUUCGACUCAACUAAUCAAAUAAAUCGAUUGUUUUUUCAAUAAAUCGCCCAUCGCUAUAGACGCCACUGCCGUUCAGACAGAUUAGUAUGAGAUUUAACAUCUCACCAAAUUGAUAGAUUGAUAUUGAUUUAAUUUACUCUGACAUUAUUGUAAUGUCAGAGUAAAUUAAACCUUAAAUCCUUAAUUUAAGGCCCCCAUGCUCUAGAACACUGAAUUGAUUGAACUAACGCUGCAUGCCUCUACCCGCCUGACGCUUGCACCUGCAGGAUUCGAACCUGCAACUCGUCUGGGUAUUACGCCCGGCGCCUUCGACCACUAGGCCACUAGGAGAGACGAAGGUCGAAUCCUGCCAGUACCGCAAUUUUUUGAUGUGUCAGUCGAUAUUUAAAAUUAUCGGGCUUAGUUCUAAAAUGGCCGCAGAUUAUGGAGUAUGGACUAUUAUUUCAUGAGGCAAUUGUAAACAAUAG